UGUCUCUCCUCGUGCCGUCCGGUCUACCCGUAGGAUUUAUCAUUCGGAUACUGUCAAGUGAGGAUCGGCAAUGGUUCAUUGUGCGCCAAUGUAACACACAACAUGCUCAGUCUCCCCAGGGUCCCCUCAUUGGUUGCAAAGGCUGCAUGACUCUCCCAUAGUCUGAGCUUUGAAAUAUCAUCUCACCCAUGGAAAGGUUUGCUACGUUGGAACCCGUGCGGCUGUACAGCCCGACCACUGCAACUGGCUCCGGUGCACGAUUUCUCGGCCGCUCGCAACCGACCAAGACGACCGGAGCUCCUCCGCUCAUCGGAAGACUACCGUCGGAUCUACAUCUUCUGAUUCUCUCUUUCCUCCCCGUCCCCGAUUUCCCUGCCUAUGCUCGAUGCACGCAUGCCACGGCUAGUCUCAGUCGCUCUGAAAAUAUUUGGGAGGCUCGAUGGAAGGCAUUGGGUGUGGACGCGUUCAAGCUCGGGACUGUUUUAGAUGACUUGGAGGCAAGGUCGCAGGGAAAGGCUGCCGCUUCUAGAGCAGCCGCUCCUCCCACCAUUUCCGUCGAUGAUGAUUUUGGCGAUUUUGCGACCGUGGAUGUGCUUGCGGCCACGUCUACUGCCGAGAUGGGCGAUUUCGUAGGGGACUUCAUCGUACCUUCCACGCCAUUCGCCGCCAGACUCGACCUUCCCACCACUCCAAUCAAACCCACAUAUCGUAAAAUGUACAUCAGGGCACACUGCCUAUUGAAGCCCUUGACCCGCGCCCUGGCCUCCCCGCCGCAUGUCAUCCUGACAGAAUUGUCCUCAUCCCUAACGACUCCAACCCUCCGACAAGAAGCCCACGCUCUUCACCUGUUGUCUCUAUUUCUCUCGCGGCGAGUUCAGCCAUUGCGGAAGUGGGAUGCCUCAUACGCCUCACUGCGCCUCGCCAUGGAUCGCUUCGACGCCAAUGCAUUGGCCGGGUUUGACGCGGCUGACGGCAGGAAUGAUGAGAAAGGAAUGAGGGAGGCGGCUGAGGCUAGCUGGGAAGUCUGGGACGGCGACGGAGACUGGGAAAUGGGCAAAGUUUGGGCCGAGAAACGGGAGAUAUUUUAUCAGCAAGGACAGUGGGACCCUCUCAACAACUUCACGGCCGAGGAAUCUCUCAAUUUCAGUGCGAUGGAUGACUUCAUGGCCUCGGUCCUUGGGGCGAUUGCGGAGCACGGAUCGCGCGCAGUGCGAGUGUUUCCGCCGGCCUCGGAUGUGUUGAUCUCAUUCUGUGACCGAAUCGCGGUGGAUGUCGUCUCGGAUUACAUCACCUCUCUGCUCACUCGAGCGAGAGAAAUCUCGAACGCUAUAUUUCUCAGGGCAACUGCGGCCAGUUUUGGCGAAACCUGGAAGAUGGCUGAUGUAAUCAUGGAGGCUGCGUCCCAGCGUUCCGACUCAAAUGUAGAGCGAACGCGGGCGGAAGAUGUCAUAUUCCGUAUGUUCGAAGUCAACAUGGACGAAUACCUCGACGAGGAAGUGGAGUCGGUUAAGCACGCGUUCGAUGUCACUUGUAAAGGUUGGGACAGGCAGAUGGCCGAGCGAGCGACAUCAGGUUCUACAUCGACACGCUUUCUGUCGUCGCAGAACCCAGCACUUGUGAAAAGAAAUGUUCUGGCCUCCUUCACUUCUGUGCUCCUUAUGCCUGUAACCAUCGUACCAAGGGCUGUUGGGGGCGCGCUGAUGACCGGUGGGACAGCCGCCGUCCAGGGGAUCGCGAUGCUGAAUCCGAAUCGCUGGGGUGCCAGUGCCAAUGGGUCAGGCAGUAACAACGGCUAUUCAGCCGGCAUCGACCUUGAAAAGGCAGAUCAGGACGAAGAAAAGAGCCUUUCAUCUCCGGCCUCCUCUGUGACCCAUUUUGGGAUGACGUCUGCCGCCUCCACGCAUAGCGCGACAUCCGUGGCGGCAUCCGUGUCCAGUUCCAACAAAUUGGAGCUUCUUUUAUCCCUAGAUGUGGCGUUGGAGCUUAUACAUGCCGACCACGAGGCCUUGAAACGAGUUGAAACCUUUAUUGGCUAUCCAGGACAUUAUGGCCAUCGAGUCCAUGACACGAUUGAGGAGCUUUUCAUUCUUCUGCUGCAAGCGCUGGGAACAAGGCACAUUAGUGUCGGAUUCGGAAUGUGAGUGUUGCCGCUCGAAGCUUUGUGAUCUGAUUGUUUUGCAGAGCCACUGAGCAAAUGACUGAAUACAAGCCAGAAGACAGUCAAGACACGACAAGUGUUGCUCCAUUACUGCAGUUCUUUGAGUUGGUUCAUAUCGGAGACACCAUCCAGUCGAUGGUGCAAGUCUUCUUUGACAAAGAGCUGGCGCCGCAUAUUGAUCGUACCGAUUUCCUGAACGCUGUUGUGCGUGAGAAGAAGCGAUUCGAAAACUCGUUGGACGACUCGGUAGCGGCUGGUUUAAACGCCGGCACUCAGGUCCUAAUGAAUCAAGUCGAGCACAUCAUCCUGACGCUGACCGGGGCACGCGAAUACUACCCUCCGGAGGACAAGCCUUUAGACUUGGGUCCGACCAAAGGCUGCACGGAAGCCAUCAAGUGUCUCCAAGUCCACUGCAAUCUGCUUAAAGGCAGCACCAGCAAAGAAGUUUUGGAGGUCUUUUAUCAGGAGAUAGGCAUUCGUUUGAUUGCAAUACUCCAAAAACAUAUCAAACGACAGAUCAUCUCGCUGGCCGGUGGCUUCCAGGUCAUCGCUGAUCUGAACACCUACUAUGGCUUCAUCUCCUCACUCAAGGUUCCCACUCUGACAGCGGAGUUUUCCCACCUCAAAAUGCUUGGUCACGUUUACGUCGUCGAUGAUGCCAAGGAUCUGGCUCAGAUUGUUCGCGAUGUGUCACGAUAUGGCGGAGCCUACAGACCCGAGGCACGUCUUUAUCUGUGUUGAAGGAUUGGCCUGAACUCUCAUCCUUUAGGAUAUCUACGAAUUCAUCCAAAGACGCUCAGACUGGAAAAAGAUUGAAAAAAUUGUAGACAAGGCAAUGUAUAAUCUCAGCUUCAAAGAGGACUGUAUCAUAUCGUAGCACCAGCAGCUGUUAUCUAAUAUCACGUGCGCAAGUCACACCGCGUCCGUGACAACCCUUUUCGCGUUGCUUCAUCAUGGUCGACGCGGAGACCG